AAAUGGGGUAGGGCCGGGGACACAGUGUUUGUGGGCCGGACCCCGAGGUCCCCUCCAGCCCUGAUCUGGGCCCCGGCGUCACCCUAGUGCCCGUUGGGAGGCUCGGGGGAGACGUGCGGAAGUGCUCUAUCACCUCCACUUUGGCCGGGGGAAACGCAUCCGUGACGUCAUCCUUUGGGUGUGUCCUUGUAUGUUCAAGGUGAAAGUUUGUAUUUCCUGAAGCUUCCAGCCAGCUUACCUAAUUGAACCUGCUUUAUUGAGUACUUGGAAGAAAACCACAAAAAGCAGGAAGCGCUUUUGACCAUGGAUGACAAGAGACGAAGAGUUCGAGUGCAGGGUGGCUGGGCGGGCCCUGCCAAGGGUCAGGCUGCUGUAAAGCCAGCUCUCAGUGCCAGAGGCCACCCCCACCAAGGCCUUGGACAGAGCUGGAUGAAAAGGGAGUCACUUCCACCCGAAAGACAGUUUGUAUAUAAAGAACCAGCAGAACAGGUUGUCCGUCGGAUCCCAGACCCACAAGUGAUCGACAAAGAAGGUGUCUAUGAAAUCAGCACAUCACCCACAGGCGUUUCUCGGAUAUGCUUGUUUCCCAAUUUCAUUGAAUCAGAAGAAGCAGAUUGGAUAUUUGAACAACUGUGCCAAGAUGUUCCGUGGAAGCAGAGGACUGGUACCCGAGAGGGUACAACUUAUCUGCAGCCAAGAUUGACAGCGUGGUAUGGAGAACUCCCUUACACUUAUUCCAGAAUUACAAUGGAGCCAAACCCUCAAUGGCAUCCCGUGCUGAGCAUGCUGAAGAACCGCAUUGAAGAGAACACCAGCCGCACCUUCAACUCGUUGCUCUGCAACCUUUAUCGGAACGACAAGGACGGCGUCGACUGGCAUUGUGACGACGAGCCCUCGCUGGGGAGGUGCCCCGUCAUCGCCUCCCUCAGCCUGGGAGCCACCCGCACCUUUGAAAUGAGAAAGAAGCCCCCCCCAGAAGAGAAUGGGGACUAUACAUACAUGGAAAAAGUAAAGAUACCCUUGGAUCAUGGGACUUUGUUGAUGAUGGAGGGAGCCACACAAGCUGAUUGGCAGCACCGGGUGCCCAAGGAGUACCAUUCGAAGGAAGCAAGAGUGAACCUGACCUUUCGGACUGUUUUCCCUGAGCCCAGUGGGAUGGAUGCUCAGGUGACCUAAGAGCCCUUUGAGAGAAGCUGCCCUUGGAAUGGUUCCACCCUUGGACACCAGACAUUCCAGGGUGGAUGUGGGCAUGAGGGACAUUCGGGUCGUCUAGUGAUACAGUUCCAUGGUGCUUGAGAGUCUGAUUGGUGCCUUAUAGGAGAUUUCUGUUAAACAGUAGUAAGCGGUUCAUGUUUGGCAUAUGCUGGUUGUGGGAAUGGUCAUCCCUAAACAGAUUUAAUUGUGCAAAUUAAAAUCUCUUGUCCUUGUGCUCACAGA